AUGUGGAAUAAAUCCAAGCUUUCGCCCAUUGGCGAGACGACAUUGAAUGUGAAGAACCCCAAAAAUGAUGAAAUUAGAAGUGUAACCUUCAUUGUGGUUUCAAAUGACCUAAUGUGUUUACUUGGGUCAAAGACAUGUCAAGAGAUGGGAUUCGUGUUUGUCAAUGGUAAAGCAUUUGUAUCAAAAAUUGACAUAGACCAUGAGAUGAGCGACCUUGGUGACCUUGGAGAGGUUAAACUUAAUGUAGAUUCUACAUUACCAGCAAGAAUAUUACCGUGCCGACGUUUACCCAUUGCAUUAAAAUCAAAGGUUCAAAAAGAGUUACACUCUCUUGUGAAAAGAGGAGUUUUAAUUCCGGAGACUGAACCAACUGACUGGGUUAGUCAAAUGGCAGUCGUUCAAAAAACAAAUGGAAAGUUAAGAAUAUGUAUCGAUCCUCAGCCACUCAACAAAGCUCUUAAAAGGGAAUAUUACAAAUUACCAAUUUUGGAGGAUAUACUGCCAAGUCUAAAACAUGCCAAGAUAUUUAGCAAACUGGAUGUUCAAGAGGUUUUUUGGCAUAUACGACUGGAUGAAGAAUCCAGCAAGUUAACAACAAUGAUUACCCCCUUUGGUAGAUAUCGAUGGGCUCGACUACCUUUCGGGCUGAAGGUGAGCAGUGAAAUAUUUCAGCGAAAAUUAAAUGAGGCAUUGGAGGGGCUUCGGGGUGUAUACUGUGUAGCUGAUGAUAUUGUGGUCGUUGGUUUUGGACAUGAGGAACACGACGCAAUGCGUGAUCACGAACAAAAUCUUCAGUCACUACAGAAGCGUUGUCAAGAAAAAAAUAUCAAACUAAAUGAAGAGAAAUCUGUUUAUAGAAAAAAGGAAAUCGCGUUCAUGGGACAUCGUUUAACAUCAUCCGGUGUGACGGUUGAUGAAAAUAAGGUUGACAGCAGCAAGGAUGGUAUUGGUGCAGUCAUUAUGCAGGAAGGACGUCCAAUAGAAUACGCAUCAAGGACCUUAGCUAGAAACGAACGUAACUGGGCUCAGAUUGAAAAGGAAGUUCUUUCUGUGGUUUUUGGUUUAGAGCGAUUUGACCAAUAUACUUUUGGGCGACGUGUUAUUGUUCAUAAUGACCAUAAGCCUCUUUCUUCAAUCCUCGAAAAGCCAUUAAGUCAAGCUCCAAUGCGUUUACAAGUUUUAAUGAUGAGGUUGAACCGGUACGACGUCGAAUAUCAGUACAAAAGCGGAAAAAGCCUAUUGUUAGCCGAUACCCUUAGCAGGGCCUGCCCCAAAGAGGAAAAUAGAGACACAUUGGAAGUAAGAGACGCCACCAGAAACGAUGAAGAGCUGCAAGAAUUAUUGUCUGUAAUCAAGGAAGGAUGGCCUGAUCGCAAAGACAAAAUUCCGGAAGUAUUAAAGCCUUACUUCGAUUUUAGAGAUUCCAUGAGUUACCAAGACGGCAUCAUUCUAAAGGGAACUCGUAUACUGAUUCCUAGUAAACUACGAAAUUCCAUCAAAACGAAACUUCAUGUAGCUCAUCUUGGUUACGAUAGCAUGAUGCGACGAGCAAGAGAUGCAAUAUUCUGGCCGGGGAUGUCGAAAGAAAUAAAGCAAAUGGUCAAUUCAUGUGACAUUUGCCAGCAGUAUAAACCUCGAAAUCAGAAGGAAUCUUUGAUGGAUGUUGAUGACGGAGGAUUCAUCGGCAAUACCAGAAAUGGAAGAACUAGUAAAUUGAGGGAAACCAACGUUAAUGAUGAACAAACAAGCUAUCAUCCUAUUUGCGACAUGCCUAAAUUGCCAAGGAGAUCAGCUCGUCUGCAAGAAAAGAUGAAGGGCGAAUAA